AUGUGCGAAGCGAGUCCCCAGAGAUACAGGAUCGAGGCCAAACGAAGAAAGGUCCGCAAAGGCACUCAAAGCUGCUGGGAAUGCAAGCGGCGUAAGGUUCGGUGCAUUUUCGGCUCGCCCGCGAGUAUCAUCUGCGAUAAUUGCAAGCGACGCCGCACUUCUUGCAUCAGCCAGGAGUAUCCUGAUCAGGAAGUGCCAUCUGCAACCAGUGAUCCGAUUGAAGCGAGGCUCGGCCGAGUGGAGGCCCUUGUUAAGCAACUGGCCCAGAAUGCAGGCUUCUUUCAGUCCUUGCAAUCCCCCGGAUCCCCUGCAAGAGAUCUCCCUGAGACUCAGCAAGUAUCGCCGGCACCGGAACAUGGGGAGGAAUCCCGGGAGAGGGCCGUCUCUACGAUCAGCAACACAGCGAAGCACAUUCCCGGUCCUGAACCCUCAACCUGCUUGGGGUCGUCUUUUAUACCGCGGUCUCCAGUCACCGAGCAUCCUCGCGCUCCAGACAGACGAGCUAUAGGCAAGCACGAGGAUGUGAUCAACGGGCUUAUCGCGGCGUGGCCCGACCAGAGCGAACUUGACCUCCUUUGCAGUCUCCCCGUUGGCUCCUCGAUGUAUUUGCAUUGUGGAGUGUGCAAACAUUAUCUCAAUUCCGAAGGUCAAACCCCUCCAUCGCCGCACGAGGUUUUGCAAUCGCCCCCACCGGGGUCCCAUCCAGUGCUGGUCGCGCGUAAGCUUCUGAUGCUCGGUACCUUCCUGCAAGGAGUUCUUCCGUCCUCAGUCCAAGGCUUAGAGAAUCAGGGUAUUUCCUACCACUAUACCAUGUCCCGUGUCGUGGAUAGUGCUGUCAGACUCGUGACCACCAAUGAUGAGCUCACCGGCUCCGUGGAGGGCCUUGAGUGCAUUAUGCUUGAAGCAAUGUAUCACAACUACGCUGGAAACCUUCACAAGUCGUGGAUGGCGAUACGCAGGGCGUGCGCCGUAGCCCAGAUGAUGGCAAUACAUCGCGGUCUCAACUCACCGUCCUUGAAGAUCCUCGACCCCGAAACUCGAGCCGCGUUCGAUUCGGAUUACCUGUGCUUUCGUCUGGUCCAAAUGGACUGCUAUCUCUCGAUGAUGCUGGGGUUGCCGCAGAGCUUGCUUGAAACCGGCUUUGCAACUCCUCAGGCAUUGGAGAAAUGCCAUCCCGCUGAGCGUAUGCAGCGCAUCCACUGCCUCGUUGCUGGGCGCAUCCUACAACGCAAGGAUGCCGACGUAAACAACCUGACCGAAAUUCACCAACAUGAAAAACUGCUCCAAAAGGCUGCGGACGAGAUGCCACCCCAGUGGUGGCUAAUGCCAGACUUGAAGUCUAUCAAUAGCAGCAGAGUAGACAUUCUAUAUGAUACGAUGCGUCUCAAUGACCAACUCACUCAAUACCAUCUGCUGAUUAGACUCCAUCUGCCCUAUAUGCUGCGAUCACCAUCAGACCGCCGGUACGACCACAGCAAGAUUACCGCUGUGAAUGCCAGCCGCGAGAUUCUUUCGCGCUACGUAGCCUCCCGCAUGUCCAACCCCGGCCACUUCUACUGCCGCGGCGCCGAUUUUCUGGCCUUCGUCGGCAUUGCCGUCAUGUGCCUCACUUACAUCAACUCUCGCAGCCAGGGUCAAAGGCCGGUUGAAACACUGAACUCUGAUACCGUCUUUAACUUUCUUGCCCAUUGUCGGCCUGCUGACCGCGGCAUCAUGGAGCGUACUCUGGAAGUCAUUGAAUCCAUGGCCCGAGCUAGCCAUGAUGCGAUUUCCUCGAAAUUCUCCCGUCUCAUUCACCACCUGCUGUUCAUUGAAGCCAACGCCGCCAAUGGUACCGUGUACACCACGAGUUCAUCCAGUGGUGACGAGAGAGAGCUCGAGGUCGAGGGCAAAUUGACCAACGGUGGCAAAGCGCUACAUCUGUACAUUCCUUAUCUUGGCAAGAUCUACUUUGAGCCAGGUGUGGUUCCCAAGUGCUCUGCAACAGCGUCAACGCAACUUGAUAUGGACACGUCGACCACGCGUGAUACAGAUACAUUGGUGCCUGGUCUGUUCGAAAACACUCGAUCACUUGCUGGCUUGGAAGGUCCGCCAAUGUGCUCGAUCGACAAGCGACCGGUUGGCCCUGAUAUGGAGACUCUGCAAUCGUCAUUUACUUGGCAGCAGCCCUCUGCAUCAGUUGAAGACAUACAUCGUCAUCACGGUGCCGCCCAACCCAUCCAAUCGCUCCCUCCGCUGGAAUUUUUCGACGCAGGAGAUGACUGGGGCCUGCAGGGUGUUGACAUAGCCCUUUUUGAUAGUCUUACCCGCGGAAUCACAAUUACAGAUGCAGCUGGAGAGAAUUGGGCAGAAUGGGAUUAUCCGAAAUAG